AUGAGACAAAGCAGUUUCCACUGUAUGGAAACCGACUCCCAGUCUGGAGGAGUUCAUCCACCGUUGCAACGAACUCAAGACGUUCACACCCAGGGAUGUAUGAAUGGACAGGAGCAGCAACAGAUGAAUGGAUAUUAUGGUAGGUUUGGAUUUAUUUUAGGAUUUGUUUUGACAUUAUUCCAUGCUCUGCUCUGAGCUUGUUAGGCAGUCACAUUAGGGGUACCCUUUCGGCAUCUUCUCCUUGAUCCGGGUCAUAGUUUCUAUUUAAAAUUCGUCGUUGAGAUUGUCCAAUCCAUCUAGUUCAAGUUGAAUAUUAGGGAUUGUAGAUCUUGAGCACACAUGAUCCAUUCCCGAUGACAUUCUCGGAUAUCAGAUCUAGCCUUUCCCUUUUUCGCUGCGGUCAUUUUGAAAGGCUCUGAUUAAACAAAUAAUAUUCCCCCUCCCUUUUCGGAUGGGGAAAUCGCCGGCGGAAUAAAAUUUGAACAGCCUUCGUACUUUAAAUGGCCACUGAAUCUAUUUUUGCCAAAAAAACUUUACGAUCAUCUCCCGACUUUUGUACACACUGGGUGGGGGAUGAGGAAACGGAGUUGGAGAUGGGGUUGGAAGAGGGUUGGAGGAAUGUUGGGGAAAGCAUUGGCCAAGGGAAGUUUGGUUAGCCAAGGAUUAUAUCAAGAGUUACUGUAGAGGCCACAGCCAUAUUAUCGAAUAUUUCCGACUUAUUAAUCGCCCUCCUUCCCCUGACCUCCGCCAUUUUCAACUUCCAGGAACUCUAAUUCAAGGUUAUCCUUAAUUUCUUCCCUUUUCUUGCGUAAUAUGUUCCCGCAUUGGUCCCAUAUUGAGGAUGCCUCUUUUUUGAUCUCAUACCGUCCCGGCUUUUGUAACGGCGGAGAGUUUUCUUCUUGUUUCAAGGCCAAAAUAUCGCCCAAAUCACAUUCUUCAUUUGAGGUUGGAGACAUCUUCCUUCUCUUAUUGUAUCGAGCAUGAAAAGAGAAUUGGCCGGUAAUUUUGGUAUUUGGGGGACAAAGAGGUCAAAGCGAUCUUUACAAUUUAAAUGCCAGUGAGUUGGUUGUUUUCGCAUGGUCGAGAUAACUGUUUUCUGAGUUAAUCUGAAAUGCCUGUUUACGUAAGAUGAGCGGCAAUUUGUCCGUGCUUCUGUUUUCUUGCGUCAUAAAGUAUCAUCGUUGACCCUUAAUCCCAUUUUUACGGUUCGUAACGGAUCUCUGAGGAAGUGCCGCACUAAUAUAUCAUAGUCUCUCCGACAUCCGUAGUGCUUAUCGUAGAGUCGGAUAAACUUGAAUUUCCUUGAUCUCAGUCUAUCAGCCAGGCCAGCCAUCAUAUUUGUUUCAAUUUUAUUUGUCCAAUACUUUACUGAGCCACCAAACUUUUGCGGAUUACGGUACUUCCAACUAGUUCUUACUGCUAAUAUUUUCGUCCAUUAAAUCCCCAUUAUCGUCUGCAGAGACGGCCAUCCAAGAACCUUGAAGCAAAGGAGAUCUGAUUUAUUACCAUAAGAUCGGAGGCCGUGACAAAUGACAUGUUUUGAGAUCAGAGCAGAUGACCUCUUUAUGUCGCCUUUCUCGACCAACUGAUAUGGAUUUAGAGAUCAUUAGAAUAUUAGAAAUUCAGAGAAAGAUGAAAACGCGGGAGGAACAUGAGAUUAGAGAUCAUUCGGAGCGAGGAGACCGGGGAAAAUGGGCGGAGUCGGAUUACGGUAGCAACUUAAUUUACGACGGCGAGCGAUGAAUUCCGUUCCUGCCAUGCGAGCUGUGAUCCUUACCUUGAUUUGCCCAUAUGUUUUGUCCUUUUUGUGGUGAGGUUAGUUAGUAAUGUGCAAUGUAAUGUUUUUAACCGUAAAUUCAAAUUUACUGCCCAAAUUUGUUUUCCUUCCCCUUACCUGUUCCUGGCGCAUCCUCCUUUGACUCAUCGCGAACACGGUUUAUUUGGGCAUCUCACCCGUUUUAUGUUCGUCAUAUUCAAAUUCGGUGCGCAAAUUCGAUUAUUCACUUUUUUGGAGGCAAAAAAGAUUUGUUUGAAACAAGAAAACAUUGAUGGUGAAAUGUCAUAGUUCAACCAUUACUCGAGUCUUGGCUGUGUUUGAAUGCUAUGAUCAAUUUUGUACCUGAUAUAUCAUGUCGCAGACUGCGUUACAAGGAAGUGUGAUUUAAUCUCAUUAAUGGCUCAUAAACAUUAAAAGGAGAGUGAAGGUCGCUGAUUUGAUCAACAAACUUUUAUUCGUCCCCACUUAUGCAAUUUCGGUUAUUUAUGUGUUUUUUAUCGGGCUUCGGCAAGGGAUUACGGUAGGGGUUAUGAGCCGAGGACCAUGCCAAAAGUCUCUGUUUGUCUAAGAUAUUGUACAUCGUAUGUUGGACUUUUACCACGUCUGUCCUCCCUUAUCCUAAUAAUGUCCCAUUCCUUGGCCAUAAACUCCCGAGACCUCUUGUUGAACCCAUAAAUCCCGUUUGUUGGAAUGUCAUCCGGUUCGUCUCGAUAUAAUUUUAUGACUUGGAUAUAAAUAAUUUUGGACAGGCCCUUAUUGUAAUGUCGAUUAAACCAGGAGCGGAAUCGGGCCCAAUAUUUCCUGCAAAUAUUAAUUUUGAAUUUUUUGUUUUUUGUGUAAAGUCAGAGUCCGGAUGUCACCCGAUCUGAUGACGUUCGGCGGCGCUCUUCUGGCCAUAAUUUGUUUUUGAUUUGGUUUUAGCAGAAUUUUCCCAGAUUCACAAAUCAUUAAAACCGCCAGCGAUGGGAUCGUUUUUCGACUUUAAACGGAUUUAUUACAUGGCCCACAGAAGAAUUCAUAUUUUAAACUCGAAAAAGGCAGAUUUAAUCACGUGAGAAAACACAAGUUUAAAGUGUAAUAUAUAUUAUUUCGGUUUUGCAUCGGCGAAAGAGGGCUUCGUAUUUUACCUACCAUCUCUCCCCUUCCAGUUACAGUAAUCUUGUUUGCCAUCGAUUUGUUUUUUUUUACAAUCUGCCGCUGAUCCCUUUGAUAUCCCCUGUCCUCGAUCAUCGCUGAUCCACUCUCGUUUCUUUUUGUAUUCUCGAUUCCCGACCAGUCGUCUUUUCGAAUUGGGUAAUGGGAAGAAUCAAAAAAAGAUUAUGGCCCCGUUGUAAAUGUUUUGUCGGCCUUUGUCCAAAUUUUUUGGCAGAAAAAGAUGUCUCUAUAUUUUUUGAAUUUUGUGUACUUUUUAAAAUUUUACAGCCGUUUACAGCUACGAGCAGGUCCUUUUAAAUAAUGGACUUCCAUAUUUCUUGAAUGUCCAGAUAUGCAGAUUACCGUAAAAUAAAAUAAUCUCAUAAUUCCCUAUUGUCUUUUUUCCUCGAAAUCUGAAGUGGAUUAAACGGAGGUCAGAGGUCAGAGAGGGCGAAGAGAGUGCGGGGAUUGAGGAGGUUUAGAGAUUUUAGGUUAUUUGAGGGAAAAGGAAGCCUACGACCUCGAUCUAAUCUCUUCCUGAACUUGACUUUCUUAAGGACAAGCUGAUCUAAUGGGGGUUAAUCGGUCGCUAUUAGGAAGUGGAGAGCUUUCGAGGGGAUUACUGUAGGACUGGCGAUAAAUACAUGAUCUUAGAAGAUUUAUUACGACACUGGCUCGGUCAGUUAUCUUCGUUUUGAAGGCCAUUUUUGGACUUCAUUGCUUUGCAAUAACAAUUUCUCUAAUCUUUAUGCCAAGUCUUUAAUCCGAGGCGAUCUCCGAAGCCAAAAUUCAAAUUUUCACUGGUUUCGCUUUUCUUUUAUUCUAAAUAAUUUUUGUUUUAAAUGGCCGCCCCCGCUGGAUCCCUUUUCUGAAGCCGACUUUUUUAAAAACAGAAAUGUUUAGCGCCACUACAAAAGGAAUUUCAAAGGAAUUAUGGAUAUCGAAAUCCGCCAGCAGUCUAAAUUAAGUUUUUUUUUGCUUUAAUUUGGGAUUUAAUUCGAGUUAAACGGAAAUAUCCGAAAAUUGAGAUUUUCUGGAUCAAAAUUACUUGUGCUUUCUACCACUUUCACUCCUGUCAUUUGAGGAUAAAACAAAUUUGUCCCGUAUUUUAACCGUCAUGUUUAGUUGCACAAGUUUUUUUCUCAAGUGUACUUUUUGCGUCAUGAUUGCAUUCGAUCACUUAAUGUUUUUCUAAAAUUUUUAAUAUUAUUCUUCCGCUUAAUCCACCAUCUCCCUCUUUCCCCCCGUCACCACAAUAUUCUUUGAUGAUCCCUCUUUUUAACCUUGGCCUUCGGAAUCAAAAAAAUGGAAAACUUUUCAAACGGUGCGCGAAUUCAUGAAGUCGGAGCCUUCAAAAAGUGGCACCGCUUUGAAUGCUCUUAUAACAAUACUUUCGGGACCGUAAAGGGAGUUAUGAGCCUGCUGAAAGGUCUUUCUGUCUGCUAUAAUGUCCUCUACUACUGAUUUGGUAAUCGAGCAUGGGUAUCCGACACUUGUCUUAAUUGAGGCCCAUCUGUUCUUAAUUUCUUUUGUCAUUUGUGGGAAAAGCAGCGCCUCUUAAGGUCGAGGCUAACACCGGAAAACCACCGGAUGCCCUCGAAUCACGGCGGGAGUCCGAAAGCGAUCAUUUUGUUUUUAGACAUUCGAAUUUUAACUCUUCCUCCGAGUCGCCCCUUAUUCCAGACAAUAUCUUUUUUGGCCUUUUAAUGUCCUACAGUAGCAAUUAUUUACAUUGUUCUCUUAGCCACAGUAAUCUCGACUUGUUGUUUUGUCCCCAAAUUAAUCCAUUUUAUGCAAAUGUUCGGCCAAGAACAAAACUCGGGCCUUUCUUUUGAUUAUGAUUAUUAAUACGUUUGACCUUACAGUAAAUCCAUGCGCCAAAAGUGUAAAAAGGCCGCAAAUGGGAUAAGAGGGAUCUGUUUGGAGGGGGCGGGGAUUUGGGAAAUCCGAGACGCUGAGGCCAUUAUGGGGAAUUAAGGCGACACAACAUGUUCGGAGGUUGUCGCUUGCAGUAAAUAGGUCCUUUUACUGUAAGUUUUAAUAUUUAGUAAUCUUGGAAUUUCAUAUUUGAUAUUAUCUUUUGGAAAUCCCACACUGUCUUCCUUGUCACCUCCACCGUAAUCACCAGCAUCGCUCAGAUUCCGCGAUCCAUAUUUUCCCAAGUUUUUGAACCCGGAGGCGGAUCUCCAUCAAAUUCCCGGGUGAUAAACACCGUUUCCUUGAAACGAUCAGCGUGGGAUUGUGUCGCAUUGCUGGUGGUAAUGUAGAUUGUCACCUUGAGGACUGCCCUUCGGACGCUCACUUUCCUCCGCUUAUCGGCCGCAUUAAUCGCGCGUUCCCCGCGACACACGGAAGGAAAGGGCUGGAAGUUAGUGAAACAAAAAUUUUGUCGAAUUCCAAAAAAGGGCAACCCAUCUUGGGAGUUGUUUUUUAUCGCUCUGAUAAGACUUUUGGUCAUGUUUUGGGUUAAUGACCGGGUCGGCGAUCUGCAAGUGCGGUGUAAAUGAUGUCACUAAUUCCGGGAAAGCCUAUAUUUGGUCAUUAUUUGAUUGCCCUUUUAUUACCAACCUACAAUUCUUAAAACGGCGCUUUCUCUCCCCCAUUCCAAGGCCUCCACAGUCUUGUCAAUUGCAAUUCUGUAGCCGCAAACCGGAAACUCGUUUCCCUCUCCGAAUCGCGUAACACUAUUUGCUGUCGUCGGAAGGUCAAGGCGGAUGUCGACGUGCCUCGGUCGUUCUUCUUCCUUCCUGGCCUCGAUAAAUGGUCCUGGGCAGGUCCACAAAUCACGGCCAAAUGUCCCCGUUUAUGGCAUUUCGCGCAUUUCACAAUUGUCUGGACGUCUCUUCGAUUCUUGCGUUCCCUAUUCGGAUCAUUCCUUUCUUUGUUCUGGCUUUAAAUUGCAAUUUAAACGGGUGGGAAUCUGCUGAAGGUGGCCGGAGACAAAGUUGGAUUCCCAUUUUCGGAUAAUUUGGCGCCAAAAAUACAGAUUUUGAAUUCGAAUCCGUGGCCUCUCGAUCCAUUUGUUGUUCUUUUAAAUUGCCUCCGGAUGCCCGCACUUUAAUGGGAUUUAGUGGCCCGAUCUGACCACAUUAUUGACCACGUGUGACCCAUCUUUUGCUCCGAUUUCUGACUUUUACGGCUUUUACUUUCCAAGCCGGAAGUUGAUCUGAUAUUUGCAUUCGAAAACAGAUUUUGCCUGCUUGAAGAUCAACAUAAUACUUUCCCUUGUUUAUCCGUCAUGGAUGCCUUCCGUCUGAUCUCCCACAAGUGCCGUUACAUUGGCUUUUAUGAUCGAAGAACCUCCGGAAAUUUGCAUAAUUCUUUUGAGUUUAAUUUCCGCCGCAGAGAACGUUAUGCCUUCUCAGGUAUUCCUCGGGGGAAUCCCGAAAAAAACUUUGAAGAUUCCGCCUUUUAUGGGCAAUAAUGACCGUCUUAUACGAAAUUCACCUUCAGACUUGUCUGUUUUUAUAAUAAAUUUUCCACACACCUUCGAAACGAACUGCCUGAGGGAACACUGACCAUCAAGGCUGAUCCAAUUAAUUAUGUGGAAGGGCCCUCCCUUUUGAGUACCUUGUCUCGUGGAUUCUUCGAAAAGCCAAAACAGCGGGGACAACUGGCCCCUUCCUCCCUCUUGAAACAUGUGACGAUCGGGGCCGAUCAGGGUCUUAUCCCCUCAGGGGUUUUGCUUUGAUUAGAGGGGCAAAGGACGGCCCGGCUUUUUUUUACAACUUUACUUUUUUGUUUACCGUUUUUACAUCCAAAUUUUGCGAUGAAAUGAGUCAUAAUGAGUGUGGGGCUUAUCAGCUCGGCUCUUGCGUCUACGCUCUUAUCAGACUGCUAUUAUUGUAACACCUUAACUAAACCAAAUCAAUUAGAUUUUGUCUUCACACGAAUUCGGAACGCUGAAAUCAAAAACGCUCUGUUAUCUCUGGGGAUUCUCGCAAGGUCCCCUUACUCUCGAGUGCGUCGCUUCAUAUGAUCGCUCUGAGGUUUUCCGGGUACCCAUCUCACCUGUCAUUCCAUCGACGGAACGACCCAUUCAUCGAUUGAAUUUGGUUCUUAUCAGCGCUUUACGGGUUGAUAAGCUGUUUUUUGGAUUCGAAUAUUUCCAAACUAAGAUGAUGAAUAUAAUACUAGAUAUUGAUAAGACCUCAAAAGGGUCAUUUCAUCACUUUCGGUUUUGAUGCCUGAGGGUCUGGAGAGUGUUAGUGAACGAUCAACGGGUUUCGAAAAGGAUUAUGGAUUCAGAUUUGUGUUUUUUCGGUGAAAAUCAUUCCAAAUUAUUCGAAUGCUCUCUACUCUCACAUUUUUUGACUGUUUCCGCCAAGUUUCUGACAACGUGUUGUCUUGGUGUAUUCAAAUUAAGACCUUGGCAUUUCCUUGGCCAUCUCUACCUGGCACGUUCCAAUUUACAAAAAAAAGUACAGUAAUCGGAAAGGCUGCGCACUUUUUGCCCUUUCUUCGGGAGUUUCUUUUUUGUCCUCAUCGCCAUUCUCUCGCGCAUCCAAAACAGCGACGGUCGGGAGGCGUUUCGCCCUUUCGGCGGGUCAAAUGUCUUGGCCAAGUCAUCGAGCAGGAACACCGUUGAGUCGGAUGACUUAUGGGGGAGGAAGGAAGAGGGCGGAUACCGUAGUUUGACGGAUUCAUUUUUGCAGCGAAUAAUAGCUGCUCUAAUCAGUGUUGUAGCACCAAAAUGUACGUGAUUCUGGUUGGAAUCCUCGAUGUUUUUUGGCCAUGUUUUUAUGCCGUGUUUGGUUCUUCCUUUAUCCCUUCCUCGUCUGUUCCGAAACUCCCAAAUGUAAGAUCCAGAUAAGCCAGGACUUCCUUUCGUUCCUCCUUUUUCCGAACAGAUACCCACUUUGCAUAAAUUUCAAACAAUCUUUUGUCACGUUUGGACAAUAAGCCAUGGAAUUUGCGCGAGAACGGGAUCGGAAAGAAUAGGAAAAGGCCGGGACAUUGUUCUGGACGAAAGGAAGGGCUUGGCCAGACGAAACCCGUUUCAGGGUACCCCCAAAUACAGUAGACGGGCCCUCGAUUAACCGGAUCCGAACAUGUUGCUUGAAUCCACGUCCAUUCUGUAGUCAAAUUAAACAUUUACUUUCCACUUUCCCUCCGUCGACGGCAGCGCCCAUUUUCUGGUUAAUUUUCACUUUUUUCCGAUUUCUUGUUUUUUUGCGGAUCGCAGCGCAUCCUCAAAUUAACGUGCCAUCCUCGCCCGGAGGCAAAAAACGUGUGGUUGGAACAUCUUUCGUCGCGGAUUUAAGGAUAGAUUAACGGUAAUUAGAGAGCCUUGUUGAAAGGUGACCACGGCUCUGAUCAUUCAUCAAAUAUUUUUAUUUCUGACUUCAUUUCUACAUUGAUUACUACCUGAAUUUUAAAAAAAAACAAGUUUUGUGGCGUUCCAAACUGUUUUCGAAGGCAGGCUUGAUAACCGAAACCCUGAGGUUGUGGGCGCGUGAUUGGGAGAUUAGGCCCGGCUUAGGCCACCAUUUCCCCCCAGGGCCCGGUGUUUACGGCAUUCACGAAGUUAUCUAAUCUGGACGUCGAUUCAGCGCCAAUUAGGGAUUACAGACUUAAACUGUGCACCUCCUCUCAUCUCAAGGGCACUGUAGCGCCGCUCAAGACGAUGAGAUAAUGGCGAUGCCGUUCCUCAUCCAACUUUCGUUUAUUUUCUAGCCGGAAUCCCCGCUCCGAGUCAGGAGAAGAGCAGAAUCCUCCUCUUCUGGAGUUCAGAAGCAUCACUUUCGGCUUGUUUUCACUUCUUCCGAAGCGCCAGCGACGAAACAAGAUGCGUCGCGAGGGGCAAGGUAACGGAUUCGGUGGCUAAGUGAGUGCGAUUUGAAGGGGUUCGUCGCCGAUCGUGGAGUGGCGCAUCCUCAAUUUGCUACAAUGGCAUCCGAACUCGUCUUCCUCAUUAUCGGCUCCUUUUGUGAGGAAGAAGGGAAGGCUCGGGAGGCGGAUGCGCGGAUCUUCUUCGCCGCGACGAUGACAGCCUUCUGUUGUCGCAGUUAUUGUCUCACUUUCACUUGUUUGCCGAUGGAUCUGCCGGUUAGUUGGUGCUCGUUGAUAGGAUAGGGAAAGGUGGGUAGAAAGCGAAGUCGUGAAUCAGUCAUGACUAUCAUGGUUGUUAUGGCAUUGUUAUGUACAGAAUAUGUUGUUACCAUCCAAAGGCUAACAACUCUACAUCUAGACGUUAACAACCUUCUUGCAUGCCAUCUCUAAUACCCAUUUACUGCACUAGAGCCCCUUGUUCCGUCGCUCUUGCGGUUCGUUCGAGGCUUAUCAGCAAUCAGGCCGGACAGUGUUCCGUUUCCCUUCUCUAGUCAAAUAAUCGGCCUCUCACCUUCCGGGUUCUGUCCUUCCCGGAGCCGGAAACCUUCGGGAAUGCCAUCUUGCCCGGGUCGCUUUACUGGUAAUCUUAUCUUUAUUUUGUUUGUCAUCUCGAGUGCCACAACUUUUGCGCGUUUUUAUCAACUGGAAAUGGGACCGGACCUUCUCUUUAUGCAAAUAUAGGCAUGUAGAUUGGCAAGUGUAGGUCUGGUCGAUUUAAUCGGUCUCUAUGAAGUGUCCCCUGAAUGGCAUGAGCGUACAAAGAUAAUGUAAGCCGGAAUGUUCUCAAGUCAUCCUAUACAAAAACAAUUCAUUAGUUCCCUAAAGCCCAUCCACUUGAUUUGCGUUACAAAUGGCAGCCGAAGUUGCGUGUUCGUCUUUCCGUGGGCCCCAUAUCGGUACUUACCGGGAGUCAGGCAAGGUGUGGGCAGGGCGGCGGGGAUUAAAGAAGGACGAAGAGAGCGGGGACCGGGGGCGUUUCAAAGCCCCUUUUGUGAUGUUGUGAUAUGUUGUUAUGCACUCGUAAGUGAGUGUGUGUGUAUACUUUUUUGUGGCCUUUAAUUCCAAACAAAAAAUCUCCUGGCCAUUUGCACAUUUCCGUUCCGAGCAUUUUCCAAACUUUUCGAAACCGUUUUGGCAUAAAUUUUGGAUUCUGAACCAAUUUUUCGACUCUCCAACGUGGCAGAAACUCGAUGCAAAGGAUCUAAUGAGUCAAGGGAUGCUGCCAAAUGUUGCAGAAGCUUUGCAGAGAUUUUUCCUUACUCCGGGCUGUUUAUUGCGGGCGUUAAAAUACCCGGAAAUAUGUGUUUACAGACAAAAUUACCGUAAUCAUUUAUUCUGAGCAUCCGUUUGCUCAAUUUUCUUUUCAAAUUUACUUUUUUGGCACUUUUUGCCUACAAAAUGAGCGUUUCAAAACGUUCUCGCUCAUUCUCAAAACUCCAAAUAGCAACACUCGAUUACAAAGCCAUCCCUGCACUCUUGCCCCGCUCACAAUUACAAACCCAUCUCUUUUCGAACUUUUUGUUAUACUUUGGCGUCGUUCCUCUCUCCGUUCUCUGUUUCUCUCGCGAAACGCUCUUUUUAAAUAAUUAGUUUGUGGUAUUUAGUUGUAAUUUUAUACGAGGCCAUGAUGUUUUGCUGUAAUCCGGCGAUUUUGGUGCAUGUUUUUCGGUGCUAGUUAAAGAAUAAUAGUUGGAGUCUUGAACCGCUGUACUUUCAAAGCCGUUUUACUGCGUUUAAUUGGCUUUACGGUUCGGUUGAUGUGCGAACGUAAGCGACACUUAGCAUGUAAUCUUUAUCUCUUAACAAAUCCGCUGACUGAAAACGGUUUUCUCCCGGAUUAUCCUUCGCCUUUUUCUCAUAUUCGAUAUUAACUUUAAAGCGUUCAUUUCUGGCGAGAUUAGAUGCCCCCAAUUUCCAGUUUUCUUGAGGCCAUGAAGCUGUUGAAAUCGCUAUGUAUUAUGGUUACAAUAAAGAUUGCGAAUGUAGCUGCCAAUUUCUUGCGACAGAAUUAUUGUAUAUAAUUUUUCGAGCCGAAUGCCGUCUCCCAAGUUUGCAUCGUUUAAGCGAAGAAUCCAAUCGAAUUCCACUCCCUUAAAACUGUUUUUUAAUGCGCGACAGUUCCUCGUUGCCCCCUUCAGCCUCUCUUACCCUCUCGGAUUAAAAAGACACGCGACAAAACGUGAAGGAGCAGAUCGCGGGUCAGUUGGCCCCAUCUUAACUUAAGGGGAGCGUGCUGCUUGCCGGGAUGACGUAACGCCGUGGGGUCAGGAUCACCGACUUUACCCGGGUAUUCGGGUCGGAUCGGAAGUGUAAAUAUUUGGAUUUAGCCGAGAGAUCUCUGGGAAUCUUUAAAGAACAGUGCGGAUGUAAUUAUUCUGACGAUUUACCUAAAAUAAAGAGAAUCUAGACUUCCCGUAAUUACUGUACCUUCAUGAACAAACUCUUAUGCUAAUUUCGGAAGGGAGACGAAAAGUUGGGGCCAUAAGUUCUUCAGAAAUUAGCGAUUCCCAUGCCUGGCCACAACUUUUUUGUGCUUUGGAGGGGUUUUCUUUUAUGAAAAUGUCAGAUUCAGCUGUUCGGCUUCGGAAUCCGCUCUUGUUUCGAGGUUUUUUUUAUAGUCUUCGGCUUUUCAUGAUCACCACUUCCGAACUGAAGAUGUCUUCCUUUUCCAUAAAUUUGCAUAAUUUCAGUCUUUGUUAUUUCUUCGAAAGAUUAGCCUAAUAAAAGAUGUCCUGAACAUCAUCCUCCCUGGUCCUCAGCCCCCAUCAUAACUCUUAUUCUUGAGUUGUUUCUCUGCCCUUCCGUUAACAGAAUCUUUUCCUUCCGGUCGGGUGCAUAUCAAGAGUUUUGGCCGUUUAGACGACUCUUACCACGCUUACCGCUCUUCCGACGACUCUCCAAAAACUUUGUUCCCUUUUCUCGCCAACCGUUUGCCACUUAAUUCUCUCUUUAAAUUAACUCCCGGCAGUUUUAAAUGCUCUGUUAACAGACGAUGUCUUAUGUAUGUGUGAGUGUGUUUAUUUGGCUUGUUCCAAUUACUCCGUACGCAAUGGUUAUAGGGGUUUUGAAUUUAAAUAUAAGUUUUAAUUAAUUUGGCUCUUCAUUUGCGUGUCAAUUGCCCGAUCCCGGUCUCUGUGUUCCGUCCGCUCUCUCCCGCCGUGUGAUAACAACCAUUUCCCGGGGUUUUACACCUUUUGUUGCCAUCCGGCUCAUUAAUGGCUAGCUGCGCUGGGAACAUUUCCACGCUGCAGGGGGACCCCGUUUUCACCUGUUCACGUACUUUCUAGUGGAAAAUAAUUUUAUUUGAUAUUAACCUUUGAAGGUUUCGUGUGGCUUGGAAUGGUUCAACGUUCCCUGUUCCCACUGCUUGUUUUUGGGCGUUUAAUCAGCUGGAUUACUGUAAUUAGGAGUUCCAUUUUGACUCUUUUCUGGCUCUUUGUAGCGCGUAGAAUAUAAUGCAAAGUAUUUGCAUAUUUAAUGCAGCGGAUUGGAGAAACUUGGCCGAGAGUUUCGUUGACUCCCAGAAGUUUCGAAUCCGUUAUCAUCCUGAGCUACAAAUCCAUCCUCCCCAUACCUCCUCUUUUCGCACAAACAAUGUACUCCAUAGAUGUUGGGGGAUUAAGGCGAUGAGUGGCACAGGCCCUCGAGGCGUAAAACCCCUCACCUGGGUGGAAGUGAGGGCUGUCUCGGCCCUUCUUUACCCUCGCCUAUGACAGUUACUUUGCUGUAGAGAACCCUGAAGAUGACUAAUAAUGUCAUCGACAUCAUCCGGCCCUAAACUUUGUGUGCGCGACUUGUUGGCCGGGCGCUCUUUUAAUGGAAUUCCCCCACUUUCUCCUACUUUUCUGUGUCCCUUUUUAACACGCUCACGUUCGAUGUUCUCGCGGCCCCCCAGAGGGCCGCCGGGGCCGCGGAUUGCCCUGUUUCAUGCCCUCGGGGGACACAAUUAAUUGGAACGCCGCGCCGUCAGGUGCUGAUUACCCACGGAUUUUUGGACUUUGUGGUUCGGAUUGGGGGCAGGGGAAUAAUUCCCGGAAAUAAUCGGUCAUCCUGACAUGUUUUGUAUUAUCUUAAGUCUUCAAUUUGUCCUUUUAAAAGCCGUUGAGCUUCUCCCAAAAAAGUGAAAAACCCCCCGAAUUGCUUUUGACUAGAACAAAAGACAUCAAACAGCACAAGUUGUAACUUUUUAUUGCUCCAAACACUGCACAGUACACCCAAAAAGAGUUUGUUUUAUUAUACAGAGUUGUUCGGCUCUCUGCACUUUUGGCGUUUUCAACGAAAUCCGUGAGUCCUGUGAUCGGGAAACUCGUUAUCCAUGAGAUUAUGUCAUAUUCAAUUGCAUUGAGCAAUGGAUUCGAAUUCCGAGUUUAAAUUAAGGAAUCGCGUGUCCGGAGACGCUAAAAACUCGAGCGAUUUGCGUAAACCGUGGUAUUUGAGGCUACUGUAUGCCUGACAGCGAGAUUUAUUCAAAUUUCCGGUUUCACAAUCGAAUGCCCGGAGGGCAAAUCCCUCAUUUCCGGCUUGAGGAUCCUCAGGCCCUCGGGCGGUUAGUGGAAUCGAUGGCUUUAGUUUCUUUUUUGUAGGUGUUAAUGUAGUUUUUUUGCACAAUCUCCGUAUCUUUUAGUUCCUCUGAUAUCAUCCAUCUGAAUCUGGCAUCUUUAUAUCAUUUUAAAUUCUUCUUAUAUCAUUUUUUGGAGCCAGCCCUUACACAGACGCAACAUUUCCUGUACUUUUCCGUCUUGUAAACGGUGAGCCCUGGGGCUAUCGUUAUUUUUACAUCUAAUUUGCGUGUAAACCCGUUACUUUUUGCCGUUUAUCUAUCUUUUUUUGGGUUAAAUCAUUACAACGAGCGCUUUUAUGAUAACCGGAAAGUGUUUCGUGGCCAGUAUAAUAUUAUAUAAAUAGGUGUAGCAGAAGGGAUUAGUGUAAGCGGGCGGUCAUUGCGCGGAUGUAAAAGACCCGACGAAGGGCCAUAAAUCAUGGCCGGACAUACGGAUCUGGACAAUUAGAGGGCAUCCGGGACUUAAAAGGAUUUAUACCCGGGCAUCUUUAUGAAUACAUUUGGCUUAAUUAUAAAGUUUUACUGCAGUAGAUGGACUAAUGUCAUCAAAGUCUCACUUUUCCGAGCCUAAUCUUCUUUUACCCGAAACUUUGCGUCAUAAAGUUUACAUCAAAAAGACACAAUAGACUUGGCGUGUUAUUUGUCCGUAAUUUGAGUUCCCAAGAUAUUCCACCUCGUUUUUAUUGAAUUUCCAUGGGCGAACACCGCCAGGUUACCUUAUCAUAGGCGAGCGAUGUUUCUAUUUCUCUGUGUUUAUCGUUCCCAAAGAUCCCACGUUUAUAUCGUGUUGUCGUAGACCAAUUAAGACUAACCCUUUCGCUUUUAGCAUACCCCCCAUACAGCAGUUACGCCGGCUACGUCCCCAAUCCAUCGGUGGAUCCCCAGUUUGCCUAUCCCGGCUACAGUAACCCGUUUGGGGGCUACUUUGAUCCCUCCCAUCCCCGACUUCAACACUCCAUCUCCCAGCCAACCGCAGCACGGCCUCAUCGACCGGUCGGUGGAGCCCAAUCGACUCCCGUUUCUCAUCGCUCCACGCCCCAACCUCCACAUCAACCUCAAGGUCAGAUGGAGCUCAUCCAAAGCCUGCCACAUGAGAUCAAGCAGGAGAACGGGAUGAUGCCAAUGCUCAAUAUUCAGAACAACUUCAAACCCCUCACGAUGAAUGGAAUGAACGGAUCGACGAGUUCCUCGAUGGACUCAAAUAUCCAGUUGUGGCAGUUCUUGUUGGAAUUAUUGACUCACAAUGAACACCCGGACCUCAUUCAGUGGACCAACAAUGAAGGAGAAUUCAAGGUAAGUGGAUGAAACUUGCAAAGGCGAACAGUUUCUUCAUAUUUUGAAGAGAUUUUACAACAUGAUUUAUGUAACAAAAUUUUAUUUGCAGCUGAUCGAUGCCGAAGCCGUCGCUCGAUUAUGGGGACUCAGAAAAGGCAAAACCCAGAUGAAUUACGACAAACUCAGCCGAGCGCUUCGGUAUUAUUACGACAAAAACAUAAUCAAAAAAGUGAAUGGACAGAAGUUUGUGUAUCGUUUCGUGGUCUCCGGAGAUGCUUGUACGAAUGAAGCGAUGACUUACGCUCUUCAACGACAGCAAAUGCAACAGGCCGGCCUUCUCCAACCCAAUCAUAUGGCCAGACCCACUCUCCCGAGCACCGAUCUCAACUUUUUCCGCCGAAAUUUGACUCCUUCAACAAGCUCGGCGUCAACGGAAUUGGAGUUGUCGAAGCCUCUUCAAGUCCAGAAUACCACCUCCACGCCUUCGCCAAUGAAUUCGACUUGUUCGCCAGGAUCUGUAGGAAGCUCUUCGGGGGUCUCUUCAGCUGGGACAUCAACUUCCAACCUCAGCGAUGUCUAUCAUGGCCAACAACAUCAUCAACAGCAUUCUUCUCGUCCUUCAUCUACUGCCUCAACCAAUCACAGCACUCCCCAUCAAACAUCGAGGAAACGGAAGGCGGAAUCAGAUGGAUUCAGCCUGGAUAAGAUCAAGAUCGAGCCCAUGAGUAUAAGUUCUUACAGUAACCAAGCGACACCCAACUCUGCAAAUGAUUUGAAUGAUCAAUCGAUGCAUCACAACUCUCACAAUGGUCCCAGAAAGUCCAAACCCAAGCCGAUGCCUUUGGAUUUGACUGGAGUUUCCAAUGUGAAUAGUGGAGAUAACUCAACCAACAAUGCCAGCGCUGCCCCAUCGACGAACAGCAAUCUGUCAGCGAUGCAGGCUGCCAACAACUUGAUCAUGGCCUCCUCUCCUUUGUUGCUGCAGAACUCUCCUCUCCUUAAUUUGUAUGCAGUGGCAUCCCUGUCCAAUUCUUUGAUGAACCCCGCCAGUCCUUUGGCGGCCUUCUCUCAAGUCCUGCCCAGUCCACUUCAUUUGGCUGCCUUUGCCGCGAGUCCAACCUGUAAGUUAUUCUAUGGUAGUCCAACUUGUAAGUCAUAAGGGUAUUCUCUAUGUUAUCAUAAGAUAACUUGACUUGUCUCCGUAUUACAAUCGAUAAUCAUAAAUUAUUUUCAGUCAACAACAACAACCAUUUGUCGAUGUUUGGCAAUUCCCUCUCAGCAUUGACCACCCCGAUUCCCAGCAACACCCCGCAGCAGAAUCGACUCAACGCUCAACAGCAUUUCUUCCAAUUCCCUCCUCCAUCGGCCCAACAAACAGCAGUCGCAAAUCUGGCAGCAAUCCUCAAAUCGCCCGGUCUCAACUCUCCAUUCUUGAGUGCGAUGGGACUGGGGACCCCUAACAACAACACCACCAAAUUCAACUUGUCGCCUGAUGCCCUCAAAACCCCCAUCCCCCCAAUUCGAGAGGGCUGA